AGUUUGUUUUACGACUGAACAUUUUAGUUUCAUGGAGCUUGUGAACGGACUUACGACUCCAAUUACGACAGUGGAGGCCACUACCGAAGGAACCAGCGGUACUGAACACCGUGUGGCAACGAAUCCACAGAAUGGGUCAGCAGAUUAACAAGUGAUUGCAAACGGCAACGAGCGCUACCAGUUUCGGUUCAAGAAAAAAGACCACAAUAGUCAUGAGUUUAAAAGCAAUUAUUUAUAAAAACGGAGAAGUUGAAAUUCUCGAUCAAUUAUUAUUACCUGAGCAAUCGAAAUACAUUAAAAUAAAAGGUGUUGAAGACGGUUGGAAUGCUAUUCGGAAAAUGCAAGUUCGUGGUGCUCCGGCUAUUGCAAUUGUUGGAUGUCUUUCACUGGCUGUCGAAGUACAAGACAAAAACUUUGACCACAAAGACAGCUUCCGACAGGAGAUAGAAGAAAAGCUGAAUUUCUUGGUUACUGCUCGACCAACAGCAGUUAACAUGAAAAUGGCUGCAGAGAAUUUAAUUGAAAUGGUUCAAACGUUGACUGAUGAUGGGACUGUUACCGUUGACGAAAUGAAACAUAGGUUUCUAGCAGCUGUUGAAAAUAUGCUAGAGAAAGACACUUUUGAUAACAUGGCACUAGGAAAAUAUGGAGCUGAUAAAAUACUUUCUAACACCUCCAACGGGGAUGCUGUUCAAGUACUAACUCAUUGCAACACUGGGUCUUUGGCAACGGCUGGCUAUGGAACUGCAUUGGGAGUUAUACGAAAGCUGUUUGAACAGAACCGUUUAGAGCAUGUAUAUUGUACGGAGACACGUCCAUAUAAUCAAGGUGCUAGACUCACUGCAUAUGAACUGGUCCAUGAUAAAAUUCCAGCCACGCUAAUAAUGGAUAGCAUGGUGGCUUCACUUUUUAAGUCCCGCUGUGUAUCUGCUGCAAUUGUAGGAGCUGAUAGAGUUGCAGCCAACGGAGAUACGGCCAAUAAAAUCGGAACUUACCAAAUUGCUGUUCUAGCUAAGUACCAUCGUGUACCAUUCUACGUAGCUGCUCCUUUUACGUCAAUCGAUCCAAAUAUUCCAUCUGGGGAUUGUAUAACCAUUGAAGAGCGUCCAGAUAGAGAAAUGACCCAUAUUGGAGAUUACAGAAUAGCAGCAGAAGGAAUCAACUGUUGGAAUCCUGCUUUUGAUGUGACACCGAAUGAAUUAAUAACUGGCAUUAUCACAGAAAUCGGUGUCUUUGAACCACACGAGUUGCGCGAACGUGCAGGUGGACGUGGUACAGGGAAAUAACAUAUUUGUAAAUUAUAUUCAAUUAAUUGGGUCUUUAAAUGACAUUCCAAAUGUAGUAAUAUAUAUGUUCAACCCUCAA